AUGCAACGAAACGAAAGCUCUCAGAGUCUGGAGAGCGAGUCCGGGAUGGAAAGCGACUUGGCAUUACCAGCCAAGGACAUCAUCGAUCCUCCGGUCACAGUUGGUCCACCGGUGGAAUUUUCCGUUCGAGAUCCAGAACAGGUAGAGGCUAUACUGCGACGCGGACGAAGAAGAGCCAUAAUUGAUGAGAAGAAUCUGAUUGGCGAUUCGGAGAACGAAAGUCAAGAUGGACAAUUGGGAUCGACCUCAGCAGUCAAACCAGCGGACAAUAAUACAUCUUCCGAUUCGUCUUCGGUUGUGUCCCGAGUCAACGUGUUCCGUGAACGCCAACAGCGAAUGCUCCGCAAACAGCACACGAUUGCCGAUCUGAAUAGCAGAAUUCAAAAUGUGGUCAGUCCGCAAGAAUUCGACUCAAAACGUCGUCAGAAUGUGUUUAUGAAACUGAUUGAGAGACGAUCACGCUCCAAGGAAUCAUUGCUAGACCUGAGUGAGGCUCUUCAACGGUUGACACCAUCCCUAUUUCAAGAUCAUUACUUGGAAUCGUACAGAACUCUUUUNUCGUUUGUUUCGCAUUACCCAUCAACCCGGCGAAACACACAUCACCCUGGCGCUGGUCGUCGUCUUCGUCGUCAGGAGUCCCACUGGUCACAACUAGAAAAAAGCGACGUUCAAUCAGGAGGAAACAAUGAGACCACAUAUCCGGAACGUGAGAUCAGGCGACGUGAAGCUGUCUGGGAACUGUUCAAGAGUGAACUCAUUUUUUUCCUCGAUCAUCUUAUGGUACUGAAGAAUUGCUUCAUGGAACCGCUAAAGAAACUCCAGGUGGAUGGAUAUCUCAUGUUUGUGGAACCGUCCAAUCUGUUUGGUAAUUUGGACGAUUUGUGCUACGUCAGUCACACGCUGUGUCGUGAACUGAUCGGCAAUUUGACUCGAGAUGCCAAUCACAAGGAAUUCGGAAGCACCGAUGUGCUCCUCAGGCCACUGAAACGAUGGUCAGAACACUCCAAAGAUGGCGAAGUCUACCAUUCGUAUUGCUUGAACUACGACUCCGCUCUGAGCUAUUUGGACAGUCUACGCAAAGUGGAUCACUUCAAUGAAUUUGAGAAGGUAAGUGUGAUUUAUGCCUACUCCGGAUGGUUCCAUUAA